GUGUCACUAUAAGCGUUACCCAACCCACCUGCCCACGGCCAGCGUCAUCAUCUGCUUCCACAACGAAGAGUUUAAUGCCUUGUUCAGGACGGUGUCGAGCGUCAUGACGCACACCCCGCUGCAGCUCCUCGAGGAGAUUAUCUUGAUAGACGACAUGAGCGAAUCUGAUGACUUGAAAGACAAGCUAGACUACCGCUUGGAAAUUUUUCGGGGAAAGAUUAAACUGAUAAGAAACAAGAAGAGAGAAGGGCUGAUCCGCUCCAGGCUGAUCGGCGCAUCUUUUGCUUUAGGGGACGUCCUGGUGUUCCUGGACAGCCACUGUGAGGUGAACAGAGUCUGGCUGCAGCCCCUGCUGUAUGCCAUCGCCAAGGCCAAGAUGGUGGUGUGCCCUUUGAUUGACGUCAUUGACUUUACCACCCUGGAGUACAGGCCCUCUCCCGUCGUCAGGGGAGCUUUCAACUGGUACCUCCAAUUCAAGUGGGAUAACGUCUUCGCUUAUGAGAUGGACGGGCCUGAAGGACCUACCGCUCCCAUCCGGUCUCCCGCCAUGGCUGGAGGCAUUUUUGCUGUGUACAGGCAUUACUUUAAGGAGCUCGGACAGUACGACAAAGACAUGAACCUCUGGGGAGGGGAAAACGUGGAGCUUUCACUAAGGAUCUGGAUGUGUGGGGGUCAGCUCUACAUACUGCCCUGCUCGCGAGUGGGCCACAUUGACAAGCACCCCAAGUCGUACUCCCCUGACAUCACACAGGCCAUAAACCGCAACAGCCUCAGGCUGGCGCACGUCUGGUUGGAUGAAUACAAGGAGCAGUUUUUCAGACGGAAACCUCACCUAAAAGAGGCCGACUAUGGAAACAUCAGCGAGCGUGUGGAAUUAAGGAAACGACUGGGUUGCAAAUCAUUUCAGUGGUAUUUGGAUACUGUCUACCCAGAACUGGAGACCUCUAUAAUCACCUGAGAAAAGAAACACUGUUUUCAUAAUAAAAGGCUGGAAAGUUCUCUACUGCUUCACAUAGAGAAGAGCACAAGUUUGGAACAUCGUGAGAUGCAAUAAAAAAAGCAACACCAUGACGACAGUGGUCUGCAGAGUGCCU